GCGUGAUGCCAGCGCAAAAUGCCCAAAGAUUCACAUGAGGGAGAUACGCCAAAUGUUAAGCAGCUAGAUUGUGCGGAGAUCCUUGCUUUUGUUGUUUGAGAUAUCAUCGAGAGGACAUUAACUGUGCAGCCGUGAUGAAUGAUGGCAAGCGAUUGAAGGAAAUGGUCCCCACAACCUGUGAUAUAUCCAUCUGUGCAGAGGGUAUUCUUAUUGCAAUCCUUAUUACUGUUCUUGACGGAAGAGUUGCUCGUCGUUGCUUCAACUUGCCUUUGAAUCGGCCAUGCGCGCGUCUGUGGCGCAGCUGCUCGGCACAUCUCUUCCACAGCCUCCAUCUCAUCUACUUUCCUGACCGUGCACGAUGAACGGGCCAGAUCUUCGCCAGCGGGUCAAGGGUAACGGUUCAGCGGACUCCAAGUCUCCUGCCGAUUCGGGUAUAGAUCUCCACAAAAAACUACAGCGACCUGGCGGGGUUACGAUUCCCGCAACUGUUGUGCCAUAUUUGCAUACGGUACUUGGCUAUGCAGCCUUUGCAGCUGCGCUAGCUGUUUGCUCUCACACUCGGUGGCACAAUGUUCUGAAAAAUGAGGUUGCAGGCUGGCCUGAGGAAUGGUUUCCGAGUGUGUCGGCGGUGACUGGAGAUUGGUACCCUGCUCGAAACAUAUUCCAAAUUCUCAUCGCUAUGGCUGCUGGUCCGCGAUUCCUGCUUCUUGCGAUAAAUUACCUGGUUCAUGACGUGAGCAUGUCUACGGGCUCACGCUUUGUUGCCCGUCUGACUUUGCUCUUCGGUCUCAUUCGUACACUCAGCUGUGGUGGUUGGGUUUAUAUCACUUCGACCGACCAACACGAUUGGCAUGACAUUUUCAUGAUCACUUACCUAGUUGCCGGAUUAUUCUAUAUGAUUGGAUUGACGUGGCUGUCCUGGAGAUCAUCAAAAUUUGGCAAGCAAACGGGAUGGAAGCUGCGCCUUGGAUGCAUUAUCGGUUUUCUCGGUUUGGUACCAUUCUUGGUUUAUUGGUUCGUUAAACAUAAAGUAGACCGUAUUCCUGGAGCCUACUCUAUAUAUGCUUUAUUUGAAUGGAGCGUCAUAUUAUUUGAUGUGGGCUUCGAUUUCGCCACCGCGUUGGAUGUGAAAGAUAUAUCUAUACAACUGGUCCAGCCAUCCUCAAAUAGCGGGCCUGCCGGGUACACUCGAAUCAAGCAAGAACCAUCAUUGGAAACCAUGAGUCGACCUCAGAUCGUCAUCGAACAAAGCACCCUAUCAACUUUGUCCAGUCAUGUUGCAGACACCUAUUUGGGAUUCGUCUUUUGGUCAAUGACAACCUCCCUGGGUCUCACCAUAUGGUACUUUCCUUUGUGGAACAUGGGAAUUUCGGGAUUUGAAGCAUUCCUCUUCACAACAUUAUCCCCCGCAGUACUUGGCGUACCCUUUAUUCGCCGCGCAGUUCACUGUAUGCCCGGCAUUUUCCACCUCCUCUCUCUCGUUGGCCUCCUAUCGUACCGAUUUCCCGAACCUCUACACAGGCUUAUUUGCGUCGGAACUGGCGUAGGGUUCUCGUUCCUCGUGUGGGGAUCUUCCUUUGUUGAUGCCGACGGUAUCUCAUCCGAAAGAGUUCAAUCACGCAGCUGGAGCAAGUGCCUUCCUUUCAUGCUUGGUCUUCUGUUGAGUAAUGUCGCGAAAGUGUACGGAUUUUCGAAUAAUCCGGUUUGGUCAAUCAUGCGCCCGGAAAACGGUGGAUUGAACGAGCUGGGUCUUGGACUAGCAGUGCUUGCUUCACUACAAGUGCUGCUACGACCGCUGCUGGAAUCAAAGAGCAAAGUUGCAUCAAUCACAACGCCGGAAGAGAAAAUUGCUGCAAAGCAAGGUGUCAAAGAAGCGCGCGCCACGGGACACUGGGCAGCUGCGGCCGUGGGCUUCGGUGCAUUACUUUUUGCUCUUCAUAGCAUGCUGACAGAUUCAGGUAUCAUCUGCAGAUGGGCUACCGACGGUUAUCCAAAUCCUGGAAUGGAUCCAUUGUUCGGGGGUGUGAUCGUUCUUUUACAAAUGGGUAUCGGAUUAUUGAUAUCCAAAAAUGUCAAUGUUGCCACUAAUACGGGCUGGUGGCUUCUCGGAUCGACCGGAGUAAUGGCAUUGUACUUCUUACCACAAUGGUCUACGGAAGGCAGAUACAUUGGUUUUGGUGGAGGCCUGAUCUUUGCGACCUACAUAUGCUCCAUUGCACCUUCCUUGAUCAAUCAAUUACCAUAUUUCCCCGCUGGUCGAACGCUGCUACUAGCCACAUUUGUCUAUGAUAUAUUGCAGCUUGCGCAUGUUUGGGUUGUUGCGUAUGCAUUUGUUCCUGGCGGAGUCUACGCUCGCGAACGAACGCAUUAUCUUCUUAUUGUCAUGCAAUUCCUUCUUUUUGUCGGCCUACGAUCGGCUCGCUCAACUCUUUCGUCCGCCGAAAAGCGGGAGGCACCAGUGAGCGUACACAAGACCGUCAGGCAUGAGUACGAUCGGGCUGCCUUGACAUUAGCUAUAUCAUAUCUGCUCCUAGCUGCUUCAGUAGGGGCGCGCAUGUCUGUUCGGAAGGAACCCAAACCCUAUCAUCCGGAGGAGAAACUAGCAACUAUGGGGAUUUGGACUGUUCAUUUCGGAUUGGAUAACGAAAUGUGGAGUAGUCAUCAGCGGAUGGCCGAGGUCAUUCGAGAACUAGAACUGGAUGUCAUAGGUCUGCUAGAAUCCGAUACCUAUCGCAUUAUUAUGGGUAAUAGAGAUCUUACCCAGUAUCUGAGCGAGACACUUGGCAUGUACGCGGAUUACGGCCCCGGACCGACCAAACACACAUGGGGCUGCUCAAUGCUAUCCAAAUUUCCAAUCAUUCGAUCAACGCACCAUCUUCUCCCUUCCCCAGUCGGUGAGCUCGCAUGUGCCAUCCAUGCCACUCUCGACGUAUAUGGGACGGAGGUUGACGUGAGCGUAUCUCACAAUGGACAAGAAGAAGACUGGUUAGACAGACAACUACAGACACAGACUCUUGCUGGCAUUAUGAACAAUAGCCAGAAUCCGUUCGUGUUCCUAGGAUACGUCGUAACAGACCCAGGACAUCAACACGAACUGUACCACACCUUGGUGGGAAAAGGACGGGUCGAGGAUAUUGAUGAAACGGAUUGGGAUAGAUGGUGCCAGUAUAUUUUCUACCGCGGCUUAGAGCGAGUUGGAUAUGCACGUAUAAGUCACGGCGGUAUAACCGAUACCGAGAUCCAGGUUGGGAAAUUCGUGCUCCCGCCUGAAGGUGGGCCGCGGCCUUUGACUGUAGUUGAUGAGGAUGAUGAUGCUCGUAUUCCGGAGGGACAAAGAUUCCCUGAGGCAUUCUGGGGAGAUGGAGUAAGGGGUCAUCGGUAUCAUGUGUUCGACGCUCCGAAGUAUUGGGGUGAAAUGAACGAGAAUACUGAAAGGACUGACAACUAGCACUUGUACUCUAAUUGCGUAUACAUUGAAAAUCCGACGAAAAGUAAGGAGCUAUAUGCCCUCAUAUUAAUCUCAAUAUUAUAUACCUGGCUGCCCCAUCGUAUUGCGUGACAUAUAAUAAGCCGUACAACAGAAAUACACACUCCUCG